AAUUUUGAGCAUUUCCAGAUUUGCUAAUUGAAUUGGUGGUUUGUAAUGAUUUGUUAGAAUGUUUUCUUUGCACGGAAAAAAUCCGUAGACUACCUCUGAAUAGGAUUAGCUAGCAAAAGAGGAGAACCAAGCUCAAGAGACGGCAAAUCCACCACCGAGGAGCAACCCAGAGCGAUGUCCCUGGCUGGGGUGAGCUGCCUGGUGACAGGGGCAGGAGGGUUUCUCGGCCAGAGGAUUGUGUGCUUGCUGCUGGAAGAAGAGGAGGCUCCGGCCGAGAUCCGGCUGCUGGACAAAGCCUUCAGCGCUGAGGCACUCAGGAGGUUUGACAAGUUCAAGGGGAAGACUGAGCUGAAGAUCCUGGAAGGGGACAUCCGAGAUGUGACAUUCCUGCACGGCGCCUGCCAGGGCGUCUCCCUGGUCAUCCACACGGCCUCCCUCAUUGACACCCUGGGCCUCAUCGAGAAGAAGCUGCUCUGGGAAGUCAAUGUCACAGGUACUCAGCUGCUGCUGGAGGCGUGCAUCCGCUGCAACGUCCAGCACUUCAUUUACACCAGUACCAUAGAAGUGACGGGCCCAAACUGCAAAGGGGACCCCAUUUUCAACGGGGACGAAGAUACAGCUUAUGAGAGCACAUCCAAAUUUCCUUAUGCCCAAAGCAAGAGACUGGCAGAGGAUGCUGUGCUGAAAGCAGACGGCCAGGCGCUGAAGGAUGGCGGCACACUGAUGACCUGUGCCCUGAGAUCCAUGUACAUUUUUGGGGAAGGCUGCCCCUUUCUCCAAGGCCAUCUGGACAAGUGUCUGCUGAACAAGAACAUCUACCUGCGCUUCUCCAGGAAGGAGGCUCUGGUGAACCCCGUGUACGUGGGGAACAUCGCCUGGGCACACGUGCAGGCCGCCAAAGCCCUGCGGGCCCCGCAGAGAGCCAAGCACGUCAGGGGCAAGUUCUACUACAUCUCAGAUGACACUCCUCACAUGAGCUACGCCGACCUGAAUUACGAGCUGACCAAGGAGCUGGGGUUUGGGAUUGAGCCCCGGCUCCCCAUGCCCCUGACAAUGCUCUAUUACUUCUCGCUGCUGCUGGAGAUGCUGAGCUUCCUGCUGAGGCCCUUUGUCAGAUACGUGCCGUCCACCAAUCGCCACCUGGUCACGCUGCUCAACACCCCCUUCACCUUCUCCUAUAGAAAGGCACAGCAGGAUUUUGGCUACGUGCCCCGCUACUCGUGGGAAGAGGCCAAGCAGGGCACUGGUGAGUGGCUUGCCUCCGUGAUCCCCCAGAGAAGGCUGAUCUUGCAGAGCAGCACUGCCUGAGCCUGAAGAGGAGCUGAAACCCAGCUAAGCAAGUAGGGCCUUGAGCCAGAGGAGAGCCUGUCACAGACAUGUUUUAUGAAAAAUCCUUUCCUUAGGAUUUUUUUCUCCUGAGAAGCUGAGAGGUCUCAAGAACAAAAUGUAAACAAUUAUUAUCUGCUGCUGUGAAAUGCAGCAGAUGGAUCUGUGAUUGGUCUCAUGCAGUUGUUUUUAAUUAAUGGCCAAUCACAGUCCAAAUGUGUCCCUCUCUGGUCAGACACAAGAUUUUGUUAUUCAUUCAACUCUUCUUCUUUCUUGUUAGCCUUCUGAUGAAAUCCUUUCUUCUAUUCUUUUAGUAUAGUUUUAAUAUAAUAUAUAUAUCAUAAAAUAAUAAAUCAAGCCUUCUGAAA